GCUUCGUUAAUGGGUAAUCGGUCAUCAAAUAAAGAGGUUGACUGUUGUUCAAUAAGGACUCUCGCUGUGGUUUCUGUCACUCAAAGACACACUCAUAGGGUGCAGUGAUGUAUGUCAAAACAAUACUUUGGAUCUUACUCUUCAGCUCUGUCAAAAAAGUGUCGCUGCAGGACUAUGAUUAUGAUGAUGAAGCAUACGAGAAUCCAGAGACUCUGAGCUGCUUAACCACCGAGAGCAUCAAAGGUGGAAAUGUCACCUACUCCCAGGCAGGGGUGGAGGGCAGUGUGCUGACUUAUCACUGCGGCCCGAGCCAAUAUCCUUUCCCCGUCAGUUCCAGGCUCUGCGGUGAUGAUGGGGAGUGGUCGGUCAUGAGAUCAAACAAUGGAAGACAGAUUUCACGGGCAAUAUGUAAAGACAUCUUGUGUCCAGCUCAGCUCCAGCUGGAUCAUGGGGACUUCUGGCCCCGGGAACAGUGGGCCCGUGUUGGGGCCACACAGACCUUCUCCUGCCAGGAAGGGUUCCCCCUUUAUGGCUCAGCCCAAAGGAAUUGCACCAUCUCUGGGGAGUGGACAGGAACCACUCCCAUCUGUGACAACCACGCUGACGACUGUAGUAACCCAGGGAUCCCACCGGGAGCGCAGAGGUCAGAGGGUCGCUUUCAAGCAGGGGAGAAAGUGAUCUACCGCUGUCAGGCUGGUCUGGAUCUGCUCGGGUCGGCUGAAAGGGUUUGCCUGGAGAACAGGGAGUGGAGCGGCUCAACACCACGCUGCCAAGGCCCUCAUAUGUUUGACUCCCCAAGUGUUGUGGCAGCGGCCAUGGCUGGGUCACUUGCAGGAGUCAUGGAUGUCGUCUCACCAGACUCCAAAAAGAAUGAACCAUUGGCAUCGUUUGCCCGCAGCGUCCUUGUGUCUGAAGGCAGUCGUAUCAAUGUUUACAUUUUACUGGACACAUCAGGAAGCAUCGCAGAGAAGGACUUUGAGUUAUCCAGGAAAGCGACCAUCGCUCUUAUCAGAAAGUUGGACAGCUACGAGGUACAUCUGAAGUUCCAUGUGUUGUCAUUUGCCACUACAGUAAAAGACAUUGUAGACAUCACACACUCGGAUAUUAGUGGCAACACUGAAGACGUCAUAUGGAAUCUGGAGGGGUUCGACUAUACCAGCCAUGGUCGUAAGACAGGAACUAACCUCCACGCUGCCCUCUAUCGAGUCAGUGAGGUGAUGAGCUUCCUCAAGCAAAACAUCAACAACAACUAUUUCAAUGAGACUCAAAACAUCAUAAUCAUAGAAACAGAUGGUUACUCCAACACAGGCAACAAGCCUCAGAUUGCCCUGGCCCGAAUCCGGAGUCUGCUUGGCUACCGUGACCAAACCAGUGAUAACACAGAUGAAACCAAGCUGGAUGUCUAUGUAUUUGGUAUUGGCAGCCAAGUAAACAAAGAUCAGUUGAACACAUUAGCCUCAAAGAAACGUGGGGAGCAGCACUUAUUCGUUGUGAAAGACUUCCAAAUACUGGGAGAGGUGUUCAACAGCAUCAUAAGUGACAAGAGUGUGACCAUGUGUGGGAUAGCUCAGGAACGGGAGGAAUAUAAGAAAACUUUCACCAGACCUUGGCAUGUCACUGUGGAAACAAUCAAUAAGAAAACGGCACCGUGUGUUGGAUCCAUUGUGAGUAAGAACUGGGUGCUGACAGCUGCUCACUGCUUUGCCAGAGCGAGCACAGAAAUCUCUCCGACGGUGCACAUUGGUCACGGUGGGGGCCGGGUGAUUUCUGAGAGGGUGAUCAUGCACCCCAAGUACAACACCAGGGCGCUCCAAGACAGAAACGUAUCAGAGUUCUACGACUAUGAUGUAGCUCUGGUUCAGGUGAACAAGAGUAUCCCGCUCUCCUGGGAAGCCAGACCUAUCUGCUUGCCAUGUACUGUAGCAGCCAGCAGAGCCAUGAAGAGAGUCAACUCCACCUGUCAGGAGCACAGGAAGGAACUUCUUCCGCACGAAGAGACCGCCGCCUUUUUCAUUCAUAAGAAAGACAAAAGCAAACAAACACAGAUCCACACGGAGAGUCAGAGACCCAGCUGUGUGGAGAAGGCGAGGAAAACACUCAAAAAUCCCACCAAUGUGACUUUGGAUGAGUACAUACCAGACCGAUUCCUGUGUACUGGGGGGUCCACAGCAUACAAGUACUCCAUCACCUGUAAAGGGGACUCUGGUGGAUCCCUGUUUCUGCAAAAAAGAAAUCGUUACUUUCAGGUGGGAGUCGUGAGCUGGGGCACCAUAGAUGUAUGUGACCCGGGCAUCGGAAGAAACAGCGACGAUCCGCCUCCCGAUGCCCGAGACUUUCAUAUCGACCUUUUCAAGAUAAUGCCAUGGCUGAAACAGCAUCUGGGCAAAGACAUCCAGUUCCUGCCUGAGUUCGACACAUAACACCUAAAAUCAAUCAGCUGAGAACUGCCAAGACUACACCACGAUAACGUUUUGCAGAAUUUAAUAUAGCUCACCCAGGAAUAAUAGGACUAUCGUAGACAGUGAUAUCAAGUGUUCCAAAGCUUUAUUGUCAAACAGAAGACUGGAGAUUCAAACAAAAGUACGUAUUUAUUGUACACAACAUACAAAAUGAUUCAUCUUGUUUUAACACUUAAUUGUUUCUAAACUCAACAUAUGCAUGAACCUAUGCAGAUAUAUAAUGUGAAAAAUAUAUCAGUACAUUGACAUAAUAAUGUAAAGCUGAUCAAACACUGAAUUUAUUCAAGUUUAGUUACCGUUACAAGUCCUACGUCAUUGUUGUAGUUAGCCAUUCCGAUACGAUAAUACUGAGCCAUGACAAAUAGCGCUGCACAAAUGUCAGAUCUCCCACCUCAGCUGCUUCACUGGCUGUUAUCGGUGUGAGUCCAAUCGUCCAAUCAGCCCUCAGAAAACUGCCUGAACAGGAUCUCUGAUUGCAUGUCUUUAAAGCUCGGCACAAAGUGGAUCUGGAGGAUCUCGGAGAAUCCCUCGGAGAGAGCAGGAGCCAGAAAGUGUUUCCUAUCCAGAAAGAGAGUCAGAUCAGUACCAGUUCCACUAAAAUGACUACCAAAAAAAAAACCCACAGUGUUUGUUUUUCCAUGAUAGGAAACAAAGGUUAAACACAAUCUUCUGUGUUGCAUGCAUUUAGCUAGAUUUGCCUAACCUCAGUGGUUUAGUUUUGGCUUUUUUGCACAAGAAACGGAUAUGUUAGGAAAAAUCACUCACUUGUAGCUGUGGAAAAUCAUGUCAUUGACCUUCAUGUGUUUGCUUUCUGAUGGAGUCAUCUCUCGGAACUGUAAAAAAAUGUGUAUAAAAAACCCACUGGUGAAUAAAAACAGGAUUAACCAACCAAA